AUGACUCAAGCAGCAUUACAUCCAGAUGCUAAAGUUGCGAUUGCAGGUGCUAGAUUCUUUUUAGGUGCCGACAAGGAAAGAGAAGAAAAUUUUGAUGAAUCUUCUGAUGAAGAAGGAUUCGAUAUGAAUGAACUUAAACAUAAAUUAAAGGUCAAUAAGAAAUCUUCAAAAAGAGGAAAGAGAUUAGAACAAGCAGUCAAACAAAUGAAAAAGAAAAACGGUCCAAAACAUUCAGCUACUUAUUUAAACUUCUCCGCUAUCCAUUUAUUAAGAGAUCCUCAAGGUUUUGCUGAACAAUUAUUCACUAAUCAUUUAUCCAGUAAAAACUCCAAUAAAUUCGAUCUUGAUCAAAAAAUCACAUUUAUGAACCUUAUCUCAAGAUUAAUCGGUACCCAUAAAUUAAUCGUCUUAGGUAUCUAUUCAUUCUUUUUGAAAUACUUAACACCAAAACAAAGAAACGUUACACAAAUCAUGGCCGCAUCCGCCCAGGCUUCUCAUGAUUUAGUCCCCCCUGAAUCAAUCCAAACCGUAGUCAGAAAAAUCGCCGACGAAUUCGUUAGUGAUGGUGUGGCUGCAGAAGUCGCCUCCGCCGGUUUGAAUACCAUUCGUGAAAUCUUAUCCAGAGCUCCAUUAGCUAUCGAUGCUACAUUAUUACAAGAUUUGACUGAAUAUAAAGGAUCGAAAUCAAAAGCAGUUAUGAUGGCAGCUAGAUCUUUGAUUUCUUUAUAUAGAGAAGUAGCCCCAGAAAUGUUGUUGAGGAAAGAUAGAGGUAAGACUGCCAGUAUUGGAUUACAACAUGGUGAAAAGGCAGGAUUACCUCAAUAUGGGGUUGAGAAUACUGUUACUUCUAUUCCUGGUCUUGAUUUGUUGAUGAAAUGGAGAAAGGAACAAGGAAUUGAAGGAAAUGAAGAUGAAGAAGAUGAUGCUAAUUGGGAAGUUGAAGAAGAUGAGGAUGGUGAUGAUAUUGAAGGUGAUUGGGUUACCGUUGAUUCUGAUAAGGAAAUUAAUAUCUCCGAUAGUGAAGAUGAAAAGGAUGACGAGGAAGAAGAUGACAAAGAAGAAGAAUCUACCAAGGAAGGAGAAGUUUCUGAUUUGGAUUUAUCUUCCGAUGAAGAAGAAGAAGAAGUAGGCGAUGACGAUGAAUCUGAUCAACCUCCAAAGAAGAAGACAAAGACUGAACCUACCAAACAAGAACAAGCAGAAGAAGCCCAAAAAGCCAUGAAUGAAUUAUUGUCCAGUAGAAUCUUAACUCCUGCCGAUUUCGCCAAAUUAGAAGAAUUAAGAACAGAAGCAGGUGUAGCUAAAGUCAUGGGUAUUGUUAAUGAAGAAGAAGUUGAUUCUACUACUUUGGUAGGAAAGGUCAAAUACAAACAAUUACGUGAAGAAAGAAUUGCUCAUAUGAAAGAAGGAAGAGAAGAUCGUGAGAAAUAUGGAUCUAGAAAGGGGAAGAGAGAACAACCACAUUCUACUACUAAUAAAGAAAAGGCAAGAAAGAAGAAUUUCGUAAUGAUGAUUCAUAAGAAGGCAGUCCAAGGUAAGCAGAAAUUAUCUUUACGUGAUAGACAAAAGGUUUUACGUGCUCAUAUUGAUAAGCAAAAGAAGAAGGGUCAUUAG